CUCACAUCUCGUAGUCCUUAGACUCUCUCAACUUCUCUCUUCUUUCGUCUUCCUUAAAAAUCUUCAAGCAUUGGUCAUUCCAGCGCUCGAAAUGCAACUUCCCAUUGAGGUAGCAUUGGUGGCAUUGGCUGCGUAUAUCAUCUACCUAUUCGUCUCCAGUUUCCUCGUCUCGCGUCGAAACGCAGCCAAUGCUCGGACACUUGGAUGCAAAGAGCCGCCAGUCCAAAUAAAUCGAUACCCAUUGGGCAUAGACAAUCUCCUCCGCGCAAUUAAUGCCGACAAGGCCAAGCAAUUCCCAGUCGACACCAUAAAAAGAACAGUCGACAACGGCGCUAUUACUUACAAAUACUCACUUCUGGGAGGCACGAACUAUUUCACCGCAGACGAGAAGAAUAUCCAGACAAUCCUCGCAACAAACUUCUGUGAUUGGGAUCUGGGACCAAACCGCAGAGGAACUUUCUGGCCACUUCUUGGCAACGGUAUAUUUACAUCCGAUGGAGCAGGAUGGGAGCAUUCUAGAGCAAUGAUGAGGCCACAGUUUGCACGGGAUCAAGUCAGCGACUUGGACCUGGAGGAGAGGCACGUUCAAAACAUGAUGAGAGCAUUGAAUUUGUCCAUAGGGGGUGAUAAUUGGACGGAUUGCGUCGACCUCCAAGUACUCUUCUUCAGAUUGACCCUCGACAGCGCUACUGAGUUCCUCUUUGGGGAAUCUGUCGACUCCCAAUUACAACUUCUCCCAGGAUACCAGAAUGAAAAGAGUGUCAACAGCCUCCACUCCUCAGAUUUUGCUUCCGCAUUCGAUCGGGGGCAGAUGGCUCUUGCCACCAGAGCGAGGUUCGCCUCGCGGUAUUGGCUUGUGUGGCCGAAGGGCUUCAAAGAGUCCUGCAGAGUCUGUCACGAGUUUAUCGAUUACUUCGUCAGACUUGCGCUUUCGAACAAGCUUAGGGAAAGGGAAUCGAAGAUGGGCAAAUACGGAAAGAAAGAGAAAUAUGUGUUCUUGGAAGCUUUGGCAGCAGAGACCCAGGAUCCGAUUGAAUUACGCUCUCAACUGCUAAACAUACUCCUCGCCGGUCGAGAUACUACGGCGUCUCUCUUGGGUUGGUUAUUUUUCUGCUUAACUCGGGACGAAGUGAGAUAUCGGAAGCUGCGGGACAUCAUUAUCGACCAAUUUGGAACAUACGACAAACCAACAGAGAUCACGUUUGGAAAGAUUAAGAGCUGCCAGUAUCUGCAGCACUGCAAUAAUGAGGCAUUGCGAUUGUACCCGGUUGUCCCGAUCAAUAGUCGAUUUGCGAAUAAGGAUACUGUAUUGCCCAGAGGAGGUGGCAUGGACGGAAAGUCUCCGAUUUUCAUCCCGAAGAAUACCGCCGUCGAUUACUCGGUUCAUGUGAUGCAUCAUAGAAAGGAUAUCUGGGGACCUGAUGCAGAGGACUUCAAUCCUGAGCGGUGGGAUGGCAGACGAGUUGGCUGGGAAUUUUUGCCCUUCAACGGAGGCCCGAGAAUAUGUAUAGGACAGCAGUUCGCAAUUACCGAGGCCUCUUAUGUCACAAUAAGGCUACUCCAGCGGUUUGACAAGAUGGAGAAUCUAGAAACAGACCCCGUUGUCCGGCACAACCUUACAUUGACAAACUGCAGUGCAAAUGGAGUUAAGGUCAGGGCUCACGUUGUAUAAUGUGUAGCUUGGAUUUAGGAUUUAGAAUUUCGUGCCGGCUGCUCUGGCUAUUCGGGAGUUGUGGGCGAUGGCAGCCUCGAUUAUUCCCUUGCAACUCCAACGGAAUGGGGGGUACGUUUUGGGGUGAGCAAGGAUAACUAGCUCCCUGUUCAGUGCUUGGAGGUCAAAAAACCUAAAGAGUGGAGGAGGAAUGAAAAUGAAGAGCCCUUCUUGGGCAUUCCACAACG